CGGCAUUUCACAGAAAAAGACACUAAAAGAGAGUGCAGGGAUGUCGUCUGCUGCAGUUGUCCAGAAACUGGUUCAGAGAGCAAAACAGGCAGAGGAAAUCAUUGCUCAACUUAAAGCGCAAAUAGAAAAUGUUAAACAAGUUGCUGCUAUUAGUGUAAGCAAGCCGGAGGAGAAAAGACUGAGAGAAGAAAAUGAAAAACUUAAAGUUAAAAUAGACACACUGAAAACAGCACUGAUAAUGUGUGAAAUUAAAAAUGGAGUGAAACAGGUACCAAUCCCAACAAAGAAACUGAAGAUGGAACCAGCUGGUGGGGACAGUGCUUCACAGCCAGAAACUAAAACUGCAGAGGUUAAACCUCAGGUUGCCAAGGAAACCAAACCUAAACAAGAAAAGAAGGGAAAACAAGAAGAUGCUAAUAAAAAGAAGGGGGAUGCAGAUUCAGGUAAAGGGAAAAAGAAAGAUGCAGCAGCCGAUGCUGACAGACCAAUAGAUAUUUCUCGCCUUGAUCUGCGUGUUGGCAAGAUUGUUGGCGUGAAGAAACAUCCUGAUGCUGACAGUUUGUAUGUAGAAGAUGUGGACCUUGGAGAGGGGCAGACUCGAACCAUUGUGUCCGGCCUGGUGAAACAUGUACCAAUAGAAGAGAUGCAGGAUAGACUAGCAGUGUUUAUGUGUAAUUUGAAAGCUGCCAAGAUGAGAGGAAUCUUGUCACAGGGGAUGAUAAUGUGUGCCAGCUGUCCUGAGAAAGUAGAAAUACUUCUUCCACCACCCGGAGCUCAGAUUGGAGAUAGAGUAUUUGCAAAAGAUUACAAAGGUGAACCUGAUGCCUUAUUGAACCCAAAGAAGAAGAUAUGGGAGACAAUAAAACCUGACCUUCAAACAGAUGGGGACAAAGUUGCAGCAUAUAAGGGCUCACAACUAUUUAUUGAUGGAAAGGGGCCAGUAGUUGCUCCAACAAGAGCCAAUACACAGAUAUCAUAGUGCUAUAACAUGAUAUAUUAUUUAUAAACAGCAAUGGUUAAUAGAAAAAUAAAUAUGAAAUAUU